GAGUAAUGCCGGUGAGCCAACCGUUAGGAUUUGAAAUUUGCAAAGGCGGAGGCUUCUGUUGACUAUAUCCAUGACCAAGUCCGCUUCUUCGUUUUUCAAAUUCUUUGUCGACCGUUUCUUUCUUCCCUAUCAAAACGACACACAUUCUCUUCGCUCACUCUUACUGUAGCGGGACUGAGCGUGAGUCUGAGAGUGCAUUUGCAGGUCCUUUUCUCUGAAUUCCGAACUUCCAAGGUCGUUUAGUCCUCGCAAAUUAGGAUCUGCAAAUUGCACGAAUUUGGCUCUGUUUGUUCACUCUGCUUUUUCCGAAUUGUUUCAAACCUUGAGUUGACUGAGACCUCUCAAUAAAAAAAGAUGAACUUUUAAAUUCUUCAUCUUUUGGAUUAUUGAUUUUCGUUGAUGGUAGCUAGGAUUGUAAUGUUUUUGAGGAUUACUUGUGGACUUGAUUACUAUCAGAUAGUAAUUGACUUUAACAAUUUGUGGAGGAACAAAACUAAUGACAAGGUUGAGGAGAAGUAAUAUCAAGAGACCUGGAGUUGUGGCAGCGGCUCCUAACACAGAAACCAAUGCUUGUCAGAAAAUGAGACCUUUCCAUGGGAGGAUCAGCGGCCCCACUAGACGCUCAACUACUGGAAAGUGGACGGCUGAAGAGGAUGAACGAUUGCGGAUAGCAGUUCAUCAUUUUAAAGGAAAAAACUGGAAAAAGAUAGCUGAAUUUUUCAAAGACAGAACAGACGUUCAAUGCCUACACAGGUGGCAGAAGGUUUUAAAUCCUGAACUCAUUAAAGGUCCUUGGUCUAAAGAGGAGGAUGAAGUAAUAGUUGCUUUAGUAAAUAAAUAUGGAGCAAAGAAGUGGUCAAUUAUUGCAGAAGCAUUACCUGGACGUAUUGGCAAGCAAUGUCGAGAAAGGUGGCAUAAUCAUCUUAAUCCAGCCAUAAACAAGGAGCCAUGGACACAGGAAGAGGAGCUGACUCUAAUUCGUGCCCAUCAAACUUAUGGGAACAAGUGGGCCGAGUUAACAAAAUUUUUGCCUGGAAGGACAGACAAUGCAAUAAAAAAUCACUGGAACAGCUCAGUGAAAAAGAAGGUAGACACUUAUCUGGCAUCAGGUUUGCUUGCUCAAUUUCAAGGCCUGCCUGAGGUGAGAAACCAAAAUUCAUCCUCUAUGGGAAUGCGGCAGGGUCAUGCUGAUGAGCUUAUAGAAGAAAACAUUAUAGAAUGUAGUCAAAGAUCAAAUGCUGUCAACUGUACAAAAUUCGAUCACGUAACAGAAAAUACUGCUAUAAAUGCAACAGAGGAUUUUAGGACUGAGGAAUCCGAUAGCGGAGUGGGUUGUAACCUUGAGCAACAUUCAGCAUAUGAAGAUGUCUCUCCUGCUAUCGAUGAUACACAGUUUAGUUCGCAUGAAUUAUCUGGCUUGCGCUUUCUGGAUUCUUUAGAGGAAUCAUCAGUGCAGUUUGGAACUUCUGGAUUCUUCCCGACUGAGAAUGAAAACUAUGACAGUGGAUCUUCUCUGCUACAGACCUCUGAGGGGUACAGGACUUCUACUACAACAGAAGAUAUGCUUGUUGAUUCUGUUAAAAUGGAGCAUCUAAUGAUAUCUGAGAGUAAUUGUUGCAAGAUCAUAUUCUCAGAGGCAAUGAAACCUGAAGGAAAUGCAGCAAAAAAACCAAUAUAUAUGCCCUUGAAUGGUGGCAAGAGUUCCUUACCUGGUCAAUCUGAUAUCCAUAGCAGUUCAUCUGCCAGAACUUUACCAUUAAAGUCACCUGUCCGUCCUAAGAAUGUCUCAGGCCACACUCUGGAGCUGGAGGUCAUUCCAAAUCUGAAAGAUGACUUUAUCUAUGUUGACUCUCCGAAUGGUGAUUCAGAUAAAACAGGCCACCAUUUGAAGAAUGGUCCAAAACUCGUCCCCGUGGAUAUAUUUAGUUCUUCAAAUCCAGAUUCUAGGGCAACCAUUUUGUCUGGGUGUAGUGACAAAAGAGAUUCAGAGUUGAAUGAGGCCAAUGUUCCAUUGAAUCUGGCUGUAGCAGAUAACACAGAUUCUAUGCAAACUCUUACCUUGACGGAUGACAGUUCCACCAUGCAAAACAAAGAAAAGGAUUUGGGCACUCUGUCAUAUGAACCUCUCCGUUUUCCAUUGUUAGAUAUCCCAUUUUUAAAUUGUGACCUCAUGAAAACAGGUAGUGAAAUGCAGCAAACCUAUAGCCCCCUUGGGAUUCGUCAAUUCAUGUUGUCUUCGACAAACUUUUCCUCACCAUGCAGCUUAUUGGAUUCUCCCAUUGUGGAUGGUACUCCUGAAGCUAUAUUAAAGCAUGCUGCUAAGAGAUUCAGCUCUACAGCAUCCAUCAUGAAAAAGCAAUCAGAUGAAAUUUUAUCACCAGCUGAAAAGACAAAGGGAGAAAUGAAAUUUGAAAAUGACACAAAUAAACUGAGCUACGGGGAUUCCAUGCAAGACGUAGUUAAUAUGGACUGUUCUUUUGAAGGGGGGAAAGAGACUGUUGAAAAUUUAGAUGGCAGAAUAUCAGAUAAAGAUGAUGAGGCCAAGCAUACAGGAGUACUUACCGAACAUAACAUAGGCAAAGAUGCACAUGAAACAAAUAGCACAUUGAUCAAUGCAGUUUUAAGUCCAAGAAGUCAGCAUAGAAAGUUGGAAAGAUCAGAUUUGGGAGGCUCUUUAGAUUCGGUAUCUGAGAAUGAUGAGAGACAAACAGUUCCUGUUACAUCUUUAGAAUGUGCAGAGUCAUCAAAUCCUUCAAAAAGUACUUUGGAAACUGCUGAAAAUGACGCUGAUAAUCAAAGCAUUAACAUGUUUGGUGAAACCCCAGGUAUAAAAAGAGAUAUUAAAUCUCCAUCAACGUGGAAGUCUCCUGUCUUCGUGAAUACAUUUCUCCAUGGAAACGUUGACACAAUAAUGACAUUUGAGGACAUCGAAUACUUCUUGAGUCCUGGGACAAGAAGCUAUGAUGCCAUUGGGUUGAUGAAGCAGAUGACAGAGCAAACAGCAGCUACAAUCACCAAUGCCAGGGAAGUUUUCGCAGGUGAUUUUGUUGAAUCGGCUCCAAAGACAAUAUUCUCCCUCGAUCAAAAUUCAACCGACAAGAACAACUAUAUUCAUCAUAACGAGCAGGAGAAUAUGCCUCCGAACUUAUUGUUUCAGAAGGAGUGGCGAGUUCUUGAUUUCAGUGAAUGCGUGACACCAACCAAGGAAAUGGAGAGCAAAAGGUUAGCUGUGGCACCAACCAUUUCAAGUCCCUCAUAUUUGAUGAAGAGUUGCAGAUAGUGAUGAAAUUAUUAUGGUCUUAAUUAGCUUUUUCUGCUUUCCUUGUGAGUUUAUGUAUAUUUGUAGUUAUAUCAAUUUAACAGAGAUGGAUGUAGAGUUUAUGCAGUGAUUAUACUUUUUUUGUACAAUGGUUCA